UGGAUAACAGGCCCCAUACCUGUAAUUAUUGCACAUUUGAAAGCUGCUUUGAGCCAAUGAUUGACUUUUGGUGCAAUAUAAAUAAAGGACGUGUAUCCUGACAGUUGAAGUUGGGGGUGACAGUAAAUGAUGUGAGAGUCCCCAAGGGAAUGACUGAGCUGCAGGUGUAGGCAGAGACCUGUGGGAAUGAAAGGGUUACAGAGCAAAUGAGUGGGCUGGGGACUGGGGCCUCCUGCUAAUUAGAGCUGCUUCGUUAGAGUCAUGGGAGAGUUAAUGGGAAGGUUCCAGCUACAGGUAUAAGUAGGGAGGCAGCGGAGACUUGUCCAGCGCAGAGGAUAUAGGUUCCCCCAUGGCCAGGAGGGAAAUCAAUGUCCCUUAUCUGAUCCGCUCACAGCCCUCCCCUCCCUCUUUGGUAUCUGCCCUGUUGCUCUCGGCUCUCAUCCUUCAUGCCCCCGGCAGCCAGGGGCAAAUAGAGACCAUCGGCAGCCUCAACUUCUCCCUCGGGCUCGGAGAUGGAGGCCCCAGCACUAAGAUUGUGGUAGGGUUCCAAGCCCCCUGGAACUUCUCGUACCCCUUCAGCGCCCAACGCCUGGGCUCGGCCAUCCAACUGGCCAUGGAAAAGAUCAACCAAGAGUGGGACUUGUCCUUCCUGGAUAACAACACGUUGGAGUUUGUGUACGCCGACUGCGGCUGCAGCUCCAAGCGCUCCCUCAGCAACUUCAUCACUCAGUACCAGAAGCACCACAUCUCCGCCCUCAUUGGCCCGGUGUGUCCGGAAGCGGCCGAGGUGACGGGGCUGCUGGUUUCCUCGUGGAAUAUUCCCAUGUUCGGGUUCGUCAGUCAGACCCCCAAGCUGGAUGACCGACUCAUGUAUGACACGUAUAUCAAGAUGGUGUCCCCCCUGAAGAGGAUUGGGGAGGCCCUGGUGAAGACCCUGCAGUACUUUAAGUGGAACUCGGUGGCCAUGUUUGGUGGGGCAGUGGCCGGGUCCACCUGGAACAAGGUGGAUGAGUUAUGGCAGUCGCUGGACGGCUAUCUGUCAGCCAACUUCACUGUCACUGCCCGGAUAAAGUACGACCCCGGCAGCCCAGAGAGUCUUCAGAAGAGUCUCAGGGAUGUUGCUCUUGUCUCCAGAGUGAUCAUCCUAGUGACCAGCUCAGUCGAUGCAAGAUCGGUUCUGAUUGAAGCAGAAAAGCAAGGGUUAACAGACGGAACGUACGUUUUUAUUAUGGUGCAACAGUUUGAGGUCAGCGGUUUCCUGGAUAAUUUCUGGAAAGACUCCCUGAAAAGUGAGACUGAGAUUAUCCUGAAGGCCUACGAGGCGGUGCUGAUGUUGGCCCUGAAUUCGACCUAUAGCUACGCGGCUUUCAUGAAGGAGGUGUAUCACAAGCUGACGGAGGCCCCGUUCUAUAGCGAAAUCACCUCAGAAGCCCAGGUGAGCCCCUAUUCUGCCUACCUUUAUGACUCCGUCCUGCUAUACGCUUUGGGCCUGAAGGAGUUGUUCAAGCGAGGGAAGAACCCGUCAGACGGCAGAGCUUUGGUGGAGAGUAUAAAGGGUUACAAUAGGACGGAUCUGUACGGGAUCACCGGCUCGCUGGGCAUUGAUGAGAAUGGGGAGAGGUUCAUCGACUACGCGGUGUAUGACCUGCAGCAUUCUGAUAACACCUCCCGAUUUGUUCCAGUCCUGCGCUUCGAUAGUCACCUGAAAACUAUGUCCCCACCUCAGCGCUACCUUUCAUUAACUGGCCCGGAAGCAGUAUCCCCAAGGACCGGCCGCAAUGUGGGUUCCAAAAUGAGUUCUGCCAAGCGGCUGUAUACCCCAGUGAUGGCGCUAAUUGCCACCCUAGUGCUGACAGCGGUGGGAGGUUUCCUGUUCGUCCUUUUCCUUAUCAUUCAGAAGUGGAGGCUUAAAAGGCAUUUUGAUAGUGAUAACUGGUGGCACAUUAACUACGCGGAUAUCACCAUUCUCAAGGAUCAAAAGAACACGUCCAGAACCUCCCCCGUGAGCACCCCAACAUCCAAACGACUUGGAAGCUUUGGAUCCAGUGCCGUGAUCUCGAGCAACCAGAGCUAUGGUUUAACCGACAAACAGGGCAAGGAAGUCUUCUAUGCAAUCAUAGGCCUCUAUCAGGUGAAAUGUGUACAAUCUACUAAAAAGACAAAAGGUGAAAACAGCCCUCAGGAUUCCCAGGGUAACAGUGUCGCUAUCAGACACCUCUCUGACCAGACGGCAGGAUCCCGAGUCAGGAGGCCGUCAGUCGUGCGCGAAUUCCGCGUGAUGCGAGAAAUGAAAAAUGAAAAUUUGGUGACUUUUUUUGGGGUGUGCACCGAGCCCCCUAAUGUGUGCAUCGUAACCCAGUACUGCAAAAAGGGGAGUCUCAAGGAUGUUCUGAUGAACCACGACAUUGAGUUGGACUGGAUGUUCAAGGUUUCCUUCGCCUACGACAUUGUCAAUGGAAUGGGAUUCCUGCACAACAGCCCAUUGAAUUCUCAUGGGAACCUCAAGCCGACCAACUGCCUGGUAGAUAGUCGUAUGCAGGUCAAACUCUCCGGCUUUGGUUUAUGGGAAUUUAAACACGGGACAACCAUACGGGAUAUUACAGGGAAAGAUGUCAAUUAUACAGAACUGUACUGGACGGCUCCAGAGCUUUUGCGACUGGAGAAAUUCCCGUUCCAGGGGUCCCAGAAAGGAGACGUAUAUAGUUUUGCCAUACUAAUGAGAGAAGUGCUUCACAGCAGUGACAAUGGACCAUUCCAAGACCUCUCCUUGGAACCUCAAGAAAUCAUCAACAAAAUCAAAACCCCUGAUUCCCGUGUCCCAUUGAGACCAUCUCUGUCGGCGGAAAAGUGCAACGAGAGGAUUGUGGCUAUUCUGAAACUGUGCUGGGACGAGAACCCCGAGAGGCGCCCUUCCUUCACCUCCAUAAAGAGGAGCCUCCGAGAUGCCAGCCCUGAGGGACAUGUCAGUAUCCUGGACAAUAUGGUGAGCAAACUGGAGAAAUACGCCAAUCACCUGGAGGAAGUUGUGGAAGAGAGGACGGUGCAGCUGAUGGCAGAGAAAAAGAAGACAGACAAGUUAUUAUCUACAAUGCUGCCCAGCUUUAUUGCAGAGCAGCUCAUGUCCGGGAAGUCGGUGGAACCUGAGAGUUUUUCUUCCGUCACCAUUUUCUUCUCCGACAUUGUUGGGUUCACAACGUUGUGCUCGGCCAGCACCCCUCUUCAGGUGGUAGAUUUGCUGAAUGACCUGUACAGUUUGUUCGAUGAGAUCAUUAAAGCCUACGAUGUAUACAAGGUAGAGACUAUUGGUGAUGCCUACAUGGUCGCCAGCGGCCUCCCAAUAAAGAACGGACUUCAGCACGUGGAGGAAAUUUCCACAAUGUCUCUGCACUUUCUGAGUGCCAUGCUGAGCUUCAGGAUACGGCAUAUGCCGGAAAUAAAGUUAAAGCUCCGCAUUGGGCUCAAUACAGGUCCUGUGGUGGCUGGAGUAGUCGGGGUCACUAUGCCGAGAUAUUGUCUAUUUGGCGACACAGUAAACACAGCAUCGCGAAUGGAGAGCAACAGUUUACCCCUUCGCAUCCAUGUUUCUGAAACAACAAUGGUAGCUCUGGAAUCUGUUGGGGGCUAUGACUUAAAGGAAAGGGGGUCGAUUGAGAUAAAAGGCAAAGGCAGACUAAGAACCUAUUGGCUUCAGGGUAAAAAGGGAUUUCCGAUGCCUCUCCCAGAAUUCCCAGACACCGAGGAGCCAAUCAGUUCUAUAUCUGAUCUCUGACACCAGGAAUCUCGGGAUGUCACCGUCUCGGCUACACCAGGAGCAGAACUGAUCCAGUCAGGGAUGUCAGGGACUCAUCGUUUACCCACUGUGGGACCAAGAUGAGCCGGGUCAGACUCACUGGGACGUAAAGAACCAGAGUUAUUUUUCUCAUUAAUAUUAACUCCUCUGCCGGCUCUAGGCUGUAACCAAGAGAAAUUGACCCAUUCCUCCAGAUCAGCAAUGUUCUGUUACUCAUACUGCAAUGUAUAAGAAACAAAAUGGCGCCUUCAUUCUGAAUAGAGAAACGUCUUCAAGGAAAACACAGCAAGUCCAAUUGUUUUGACUUAUUACUACAGAUAUACCAUGA